CUGCCGGAUCAUUAUAGUGUGGCUAGUGGUUCAUUCGUUGACCCUUUCGUUGAGUCAAAAUAGACCUCCCGGUGUUAUUGUUUAGCCCCCUCGCGCUUUUUAUCCAGCGGGGUUUCGGGGUGAGCCGCCCGCACUGAAGGUGUGACUCACCUGUCGGUUGUAGCGCGCGGCUCGUCAGCCACUUCACGUGACGUCAGCCGUGCUGCGGGGCGGGUUGCUUCGGUGGCCCUGUUCACUUCCCCACUUUUUCUCCCACUUCUCCCACGCUGGUGGAGUAGCAACAGGCAUGGCGCGGCCGCGCAGUGGACUUUAGAAGCAGGCUUUGAGGUACAUUUCACGACAGGUUUUGGUUUCUGCCUGCGUCGUCUUCAUGCGGGAGUCGGAGGCCACCGAGGCCCCGGCGGCUCUCAGGAGGCGGGCGACUUUCGCGGCGGGGUUAGGCGGGAGUCUGCGGCCGACGGACGGGACGCCCGCGGCGGCUCUGCAGAGCUCGCUGGCCGCUGACGUCAGCAGGGGAAACGGCCCGCUGGAAACAGUCCGCUCCAGGUCGAAGGGUGAGAAACGCAAACGCAGGAGUGACAUCAGCGAUAGGCUGAGUUGUCAUAAGACACAGGAGUCCCUGCUGAGUUCAACCAGUGGUUACAAUAACUACAGAGGAAUCCUCAACUGGUGUGUGGUCAUGCUGGUGUUGAGUAAUGCUCGCCUCUUCUUAGAAAACCUGUUACGGUAUGGUGUUUUGGUGGAUCCUAUUCAGGUGAUUGCCUUGUUUCUGAAUGAUCCCUACAGCUGGCCUGCAGCAUGCCUGGUUAUUGUAUCCUUUGUGUUCGUUCUGGUUGCUCUCUACACAGAAAGGCAGCUAUCGAAGGGUUCAUUCACUGAAGUUGUGGGAUUUCUGGUCCACUGCAUUAACAUGGCAAUCAUGCUAACACUGCCCGCUGCAGUGGUCCUAUUGGUCCCUUCCGUGACCCCAGUUGGCGGCGCGUUUGUCCUUGGUACUUACACCAUCCUCUCCCUAAAGCUUUACUCCUAUAAGGACGUCAACAUGUGGUGCAGAGAGCUGAGCAUGAUCAAAGCCAAGAAGUUAGCCAGGUCUCUCUCUUGUCCCUCAGCACAGCACUUCAACGAAGCCGAACGUAAAGUGUGUUACCCUGGCAACCUCACCAUCAGAGACAUGUUCUACUUUGUCCUUGCUCCAACUCUGUGCUAUGAGCUCAACUUCCCCCGCUCUCCUAAUAUUCGCAUGAGUUUCCUGCUGAGGAGACUGCUUGAGAUGCUUUUCUUCAUCCAGCUGUUGGUUGGUCUCACCCAACAGUGGAUGGUUCCCAUUAUUCAAAGUUCCAUGAAACCACUAGAGGACAUGGAUCUGUCCAGGAUGACUGAGAGACUUCUACGAUUAGCUGUCCCGAAUCACUUGCUGUGGCUGAUGUUUUUCUACGGCUUCUUCCACUCAUCCAUGAACUUCACCGCUGAGCUGCUGCGCUUUGGAGACCGACAGUUCUACAAUGAUUGGUGGAACUCUGAGACGGUGACACAUUUCUGGCAGAACUGGAACAUCCCGGUACACAAGUGGUGUAUUCGGCACUUUUACAAGCCGCUGCUUAGGAGAGGAUUCAGUAAAGUAGUCAGCCAAUCGGCAGUCUUCUUUCUGUCUGCUUUUUUCCAUGAGUACCUGGUCAGCGUUCCUCUGAGGAUGUUCAGACUUUGGGCCUUCAUGGGCAUGAUGGCUCAGUCUCUGCACCAAACUAGGAUCAUCACCAUCACCAUCAUGAUUGACUUCAACAACACCGAGUCCUGGCGUGUUAUCAAUACUUCACUUCCCACGGUGCCUGUAGUAGCCAGUCCCAGUAACAGCAGUGGCAUGGAGGCCUAUCUUCAAAGACUGGCUCAUUUGGACGAGGGGCUCUACAACGACUUCUACGGCCUUUGGAUUGCACUGAUGGUCAUCAACUCUCUAAUAUUCCUGGUGGGCAUGGUGCUAAACACCGUUGCACUCUUUGUUUUCUGUUUCCGCACCAAGCCAAAGACCACCUCUGUGAUCUACACCAUCAACCUGGCGGUGACCGACCUCUUGGUGAACCUGUCGCUGCCGACUCGCAUCCUGCUGUAUUACAGCGGGGGAGCUUGUCUCACCUGCUCCUACCUGCACAUCUUCAGCUACUUUGUCAACAUGUACUGCAGCAUCUUGUUCCUGACCUGCAUAUGUGUGGACCGUUACCUCGCCAUCGUGCAGGUUGAAGCGUCCCGUCGGUGGAGGAACUCCAGUGUGGCGAAAUGCGUGUGUGUCUCCGUCUGGCUGUUUGCCAUCGUGGUCACCUACUCCUUCCUUUCCACCGCUUUCCAGCACCCGGGCUGCUGCCUGUCAAAACUCCUCUUCCUCACCAUCACUGAGUUCUUUCUGCCCCUCCUCAUCAUCAUGGCGUUCACGUUGAGAAUUAUGUGGGCACUGGCCGACCGCCGCCUGAUGCAGCAGAGCAGGGAGCGGAGGAGGAGGGCUGUCCAGCUGCUGACCACAGUGCUGAUCAUCUUCACUGUCUGCUUCACACCCUUUCACAUCAGACAGGUGGUGGUGUACUUCCACCCUGACAUGCCUCACCACGUGAUAGCAUAUCACUUGACUGUCACUCUCAGCAGUUUGAAUAGCUGUAUGGAUCCCGUCGUCUACUGUUUUGUGACAAAUAAUUUUCAGGCCACCGUGAGAAAUAUUUUCCGCCGAGCAGAGCGCGAAAACACUAGCGGCGACAUCAUCAGCAUGCAGCCGAGCUCCAAGGCCUCAGGUGGGACAGCGAAUGCCAUCGCUAACAAUUCGAUCAUGAUGACCAAGAUGCCCACUACAUUGCAGAGAGGCAAUCUGGGGAAGAACUAAACACUGUAAAUCCUCUUUCACAUGGAGAGAAGAACACUGAGAGUUAGAGUGAUGAGUUGCCUGGACAAGGUGGUUGAUAUUUCUGGAGUCUGUGACAUGUGGACCACAUGUUGUUUAUUUAUAAUAAUAGUAUUAUUAGUAUUAUUAUGAAUAGUAAUAAUAUUAAGCUGAUUGAUUAAUACUGAAAAUAAUAUUUAAUGUAAUAGUAGCUAUAGUAUGACUGUGUCUAGAUUGUUCUUUUCAAUUGUUAAUACUUUGCAACACAUCAUGGACAGUCUUAACUGUUGCACUGUGUUAAAGUAUUUUUCAUACUGUAUGUUAUCCCUUAAAUAAAUCACCUAGAACGAGAGAGUGAGCACAAUUGCACCUGCAGAGACAACCGCUGACAAUAACAUUUAGUCAUUGGCUGUUGGCCAGAACAGAAAUGCACAACUUCAACAGUGAAAAGCAAUGUAAAACAGACCACACUUGUAUUUAUUUACCACAUGGAGAUAUAGUGAAAGAUGUUUUUGCCUGGAUAAACUUUGUGACCACCUCAGAAUAUCCACUGGAGGGAAAUUGGCAAGGAGAAUCCCCUUUAUGCAGCAGAGGGCAACAUUGCACUCCAAGACCACCACACCGUAAGAAACCAAACGCUCUCUCUCACUAAACACUUUAUGAUUUUAUUUUAUCUUCAACAAUUAGAAGCUCUCUUUGCAGGUCAAAUGUCUCAUUAAAUGCCUCAUAUAUAAAUGAGAAAUA